GCGAAGUCAAAAGAUUCUACACCAGGAGAGCUUCUCAUAGGCAAAUCCGUCUCUAGUCCCCUGAGCGCGAUCGCCGGACUGCCAAGAUUCGAAUCCGUAUUCCAGUUUUUCAAGUCAGUUUGCAUCUGGGAUUAUCUCAUUUUUCUCUAUUUCUUUAAAAUUGCCGAUGGGGUAAAUCUGGGUUGAUCAGUAAAAAGAAGCUGAAUUGUGAGAUAUGGCAAUAGCUGUGAUAGCAUUGAUUCUGGGUGUCUUACUUGGAGCUUUUAUUUUGAUACCCCGGCAUGGUAAAUCAGCUCAUACCAACCAGGUUCAAUCCAAUGGUAACAAUUCUAAGGCAUCUAAAUCCUACCGUAAAACAGAGGUAGCUCUACAUAAUAAGAGGACUGAUUGUUGGAUCAUCAUUAAGGACAAGGUCUAUGAUGUUACCUCAUAUGUAGAGGAACACCCAGGUGGUGAUGCCAUCUUGGCCCAUGCCGGAGAUGAUUCAACUGAAGGGUUUUAUGGGCCACAGCAUGCUAGCCGCGUCUUUGACAUGAUUGAUGACUUUUACAUUGGAGAUCUUCAGAAGUAAAUUCCAAGCACCCCUCCAUCGGGUUGUAAAACUAGGGAGGAGAAAAGAAGCACUUCUGAGGAUAUUCUUCUGUUGGCUUUUCUGCCGCACAAGUCUAACAUUGUUACGUGCUGUGCACACUUUAAGUUCCUUUCUAGGAGAAAACUAAGCAGUUGUUGAUCUCUUGCACUUGAACUAUAUUUUCUCCAUCAACUGAAUAGUUUGUGACUUCUCCUUGCUCUGAUAAUCUUGUUCCCUUCAAGGAGUUACAUGGGAAAACAUAUAGGAACAGGGUUGCCGUGUAAAAGUGUUUUGUAUUGUUUGGGUAUACGUACCCUUCAAGUUUAUUCUGAAAAGCCAAAAUUCUGAUUGUUCGAAA